UUCCUCUAUUGUGGCUAUCUUCACACAACUGGAACAGCAAUUUCUCCAUUCCCAACUGGUAGCUACCUCGAGUGAUCCAGCUAGCUAACGAACGCUUCACAUUGAGAGUUCAGGGUUGAUGUUCCAUAUUUACUUUCCUACUAGUAGAACCCCCGCUUAGUAAAAUUCGAAGAAUAAUAUAGAUUAUUUUAAUUCUACUGCACAAAACAAGUGCAAAGUUAAUAGCUACUUUUAAGCUAAUUUGCUAGCAUUGCUAGUUAGGAAAGCUAACGUUACGGUAUUUUGUUUUCUGAGAUUUGGCUAAAAGGGCGGGUGUUCUUUUUGUUUUUGCCAUCCCAGCCCCCCAACAGCUUGUUAUUGCUCAUUCGAAGACUGUAGUAAAUCGUAGCUAGCGUGCUCGUUAGCUUGAUAAUAUCGUGCGUAUUCAGCCAGGAAGCCAAUUCAAGGCCUUGCUUACCACAAGUCUUUGCAUCGUCGUGCAGUGAGAGCUGACAGCUUACUUGGUGACAAAGAGACUUCUCCCUGAGGAGCCAAGAAGUAGACGGCUCAUGACUUCUGACCAGGAUACAAAAGUUGUAGCUGAACCACAGGUGCAGCAAGUACAAGAAGCAAAAGAGAGCUCUCAUCUGGAAUCUGCCAAGUUUUCUGACCUGAACCCCAAUGCAAAAGCAUGGGCCAAUCACAUGCUUAACCUGGACACCGCCACUGCGACUGGGACUGCGAACACACCUGCUCUCCAGCCAUGGAAGGAUGGCUGCGAUAGCAGCUCGGCUGACCCUGGGCCAGAAGGCUAUGAAGCCAGCAAAGACAAAGUGUUUGAGGAGCCCCUGUUGGCCGACCCAGAUGAGCCUCCACCGGUGAUGGCAGAGCCAGCCCCCAUGGCCGCAACCGUCACCCUGGAGGGCUCCGACCCUGCUGCAUACCCAGAGUCUGGCCAGGAGGCAACUCACACAGACAGUGAGCUCCAGCAGGAGAGCCGUCAGGAAGACCUCCGGGAACACCUGAAGAAAACCCUGGAGUUCUGUCUGUCCCGGGAGAACCUGGCCAGCGACAUGUACCUUAUCUCUCAGAUGGAUAGUGACCAGUAUGUGCCAAUCGUGACGGUAGCUAACCUGGACCACGUCAAGAAACUCAGCACGGACGUGGAGUUAAUCGUUCAUAUCCUACGAUCUCUGCCGUUGGUCCAGGUAGAUGAGAAAGGGGAGAAGGUGAGACCCAACCAGAACCGCUGCAUCGUCAUCCUCAGAGAGGUCCCUGAGAGCACUCCUGUAGAGGAGGUCGAGGCUCUUUUUAAAGGAAAGAACUUACCUAAAUUCAUAAAUUCUGAGUUUGCCUACAACGACAACUGGUUCAUCACCUUUGAAUCAGAAGCAGAUGCACAACAGGCAUAUCAGUAUCUUCGUGAAGAAGUGAAAACCUUCCAAGGGAAACCUAUUAAGGCACGGAUAAAGGCGAAGGCAAUUGCUAUCAACACUUUUAUGCCAAAGAAUGGCUACCGCCCGGUGGAGGUAAACCCAUAUGCUCAACAGCAGCAGCAGCAGCAACAACAACAACAACAGCGUUACACAUCGUACUACAUUCCUCCAGUGUACAGCCCUCAGCAACAGUUCCCCCUCUACAGCCUUAUCACUCCACAGGCCUGGUCAGCCACCCACAGCUUCAUAGACCCUUCACUGGUUACAUCAUUUCACAACACCCAAUUCAUCAAUGGAUUUACAACAUCCCAUAGUUUUAAACCAGCGACAUCUCCUCUUGCUGGUGUUAGGCACUACUCUCCCAGGAAUAGGAAUCACACUCACAAUAAACCUCACCUGAGGCCCACAAUACCCAACGCAGAUCAGCGUGGCACAGGGCUCCUGGACAACCCCACCAUCUUCAACUUCCCCACAGAGCGCAUCCUGAACGGGGUGCCCCGGGGUUCCCCCCAGACGACGCGGCUCCUGAGCCAGAAUAGAACCAGGUUACCCCCCUCCACCAUGACCUACCCCAGGAGGGACAUCGGUACGGGUCGGGUGGAGCCCGUCAGCACCGACUACUCACUGGGCAUGGGCCGUGGAAGGACAAAUAUUUAUGGUUCUAGGAAAAAGAGGGAUGACAACAAGUUUACAAGAGUGGCCACCCAGUCACCCCCUCCUCAGAAGCCCCCGUCCCCCAGCUUUGAGUUGGGGCUCUCCAGCUUCCCCCCCCUGCCUGGGGCCGCAGGCCACCUCAAGACCCCUGACAACAUGUUUGAAAACAGACUGGCCAGCAUGGUAAUAGGAGCCACAAAGGUCAGGAAUGUAAGUGUUGAUGCCAGCGGUGCAGGCGCCCUCCUCCCCUCAGGAGGACACAAGGAGCCACUGAGGACUUUCACGUCUCCACAGCCCUCGAGCCUCCUGCCCGCUGCUCCCCCAGCCCUGACCCUAGCACCAGCCUCGGGCCCUGCCCCUAUCCCCACUCCCUCCCAACCUGCAGAGGAAGUGAAAGUUCCGGAGGCGAAGCAGAAGGAGAACCGGGUCUCUGUGGAGCUGGUCACUGACACCCUGUACACCGCUAGCAAAUCUGUUCAAGUCAAUGGGGCUGCUACAGAACUGCGAAAGCCCUCUUACGCUGAGAUCUGCCAGAGGAUUAAAGACCACGCUCCGACACUACAGGCCCCUAAAGAGGUCAAGCCAGCCAGCAGCGCUGCCUCCACAGGAGAGGAGAGGAAGUGCCCUGACGCAGCUCCAGGGGACAGGGGCGAGCCCAAGGCCCCCCGAGAGACAUACCCAAGCUCCUCCAAGCCUGCUAACCCAGGCAGACCCCGAGAGAUCCGGAGACCAACUGGCCGGUGGCCCUCACCACCUCCCCACCACCCAGGGAAGGGUCCCAGCAGCAAAGAUCUCAACACCCCCCCAAAGUACCUGCAGUAACCCCCAACUGCAAUAAAGUCAAUUUCAAAACAAAUGUGUGAGAGGAAAAAAAUCUGGAAAAAGUCAGGGCUAUUGAAAUACAACCUAUCCCAAAAUCAUCAGUCAGUCAUAGCAUAGAGAGGAUGUGUUUCUGGAUCAGGGCUUACUGACAAUAGCACCUCGGUGUGCAUGUAGAGAACCGUUCAUCUUUACUUAUUUAUUUUUUUGGGAGGUUUAUUUCAUUUGGAUUUUUUUUGCAUUAUUUUGUGUCAAUCAGUCAAAUGAACUCUUGUUCAGAUUAGUGGGAUAAAUUCAUAUGUCCAAACUGCCUUCCAAGAUAAUAUUGUGAGAGUAGGUAGACUGGAAGCCACCCAGUGAGUGAAUGAAAGGAAGUGGAUGAGUAACGGAAUAGCGGUUUAGAUCUUGUUAGUUGUGGGGGUUGUUUCUGUAUGUUGUAUGCAGUCCUAAGAUGUAAUGUGAUUCCAUUGCAGGAUGAGAUGAUCAGUCAGUCAUGAGAUUGGCGUCCCAAAUGACACCCUAUUCCCUGAGUAGCGUACUACUCUCGGUCAAAAGUAGUGCACGACAUAUGGAAUAAGGCGCCGUGUGGGACGCAACCAUAAUUGUUUUUACAUAUUUACAUUCAUAUGCAAGGUCAACUAGUCUAGUGUCAUUUUAGACUUCACUGAAAUCCACAGAAUACCUACUUUCUGAGGGAUUUCUGAGAUUCUUUCUGCCAACACGGAACUCUUUGUCAUUGUAACACCAGCAUAUGAGGAGAAUACAUUUAUUUGCAUACUGGUUUUGAUUGUUGGUACAAGUACCUCUAGUUGUUGCGUGCUGGUGGUUUUAAGAGCGCCAAAGUCUUUAUCUGGUAUUUCUUGUGGUAAAAAAUAAAAUGUAGUUUUCUGCUA